ACGUUGGCUUAGCGAAACUACUUGAAAUGUAAAAAAUUCUCGAGCCCGAGAGUUGAAAAAGCAAAAACUUGACGGCAACUUUCAAGGCUCACAUAAUUAUGCGUAUUGCAACGCCCCAACCACCGAUCCUGUUCGUCCUCCUCGUCCACCUAUUGGUGGCAGGGGUGGCCUCUUCACAAUUCGGAGGCAGCUACCAACAGUCGCGCUCUGGCAACUGCAGGCAGGAGGAUCAGCCUCAAGCUCAGAACCUGAAUGGCUGCGAGACAGGCGGCGGCUGCGGCGGCGGUGGCAUGGACUCUGGCAGCAGCAGGUCCAGGCCCCUCAACCCCAAGCAGAUUGCCUCCAACAUUGCUCAGCAGGCGGCUCAAGAUGCCAAAAAGGCUUCAGACACCCAAGUGCCGGCAGCAGUGGAAGCCGCCCGCCAGGUGAAGCUCCAGCUGGCCGACAGGGCUGGCGCAGCUGCCUGGGCUGCCGAGGCGGCUUUGGUGGGAAAGCAGCAGAUUGUCGAACAGCUGCGAGCCGAGGUCCAGGAGGCGGACAGCGUUUUUCAGGAUGAGACCGCCUCAGUGAGUGUAUCACAGAACAAUCUGAAUACCGCCAUCUGCACAGCGAAGCAGGCUAACGAUUUAAUGCAACAAAUUCAAGGCAUCUUAGGCGCCGCCCAGGAAACUGUGAAAAGCGCGGAGACAGCUGUUUGCAGUGCCCACGACGAGUUGCAAGAGAAGAACAAACUUGUGGACGCUGCUCAACGUCGCGUAGAGUUGCUGCUCCAGGAACUGCGUAAUGCCAAGUUGGACUAUGAUAACACCAAAAAGUCCGCUUACAAGGCUGCCUGUGCAGCAGCCGAGGCCAGGCAAAAGGCUUCAAGGGAGCGGCGAUCGGGAAAGAAUUAUAGGGAACCACAACACUAUCAGAAUCUGGCACGAGAACAGUUUCAGGGAGAAGAGCAGAAGCACCAGCAGACACAGGUGCAGGCGCCUUUGCAAGAGAUCAGAAAGCAACCUGAAGAAUGGAAAUACAAUCAACAGGUUAAGGCCAAGUUAGCAGCCGAGGAAAGACUAAAGGCCUUGAAGCAGCGACGAUCCCCGGGAAAUAAUAUGAAGGCUUAUAGGGAACCAUUGCAAAAACAUUAUCAAACACAGAACCUCGAGCAGAAGUACCAUCAGAUGCAGGCGCCAGCAUCGUUGCCGAAGGAUAAUGUCCACCAGAAGCAGCCGGAACAAUGGGAGUACAAUGAACAGGGUCAAGCCAUGUUUUCUAGUUAAAUUCCAAAUGUUAA